AUGUUCAAGUUUAGAGUAGCGGCCACCUCAUCAUCCCGACACCUCAGCCAUCUCCCCGAGCAGCCGAUCAAGUUCACGAACCACGCCCGAUCCUCAUCAGUACCACUGCCACCUCGGAAAACAACUGAAGCACAGAAACCGUUCUAUGUCUCAACUCCAAUAUUCUACGUCAACUCUGUUCCUCAUAUUGGCCAUCUCCACUCAAUGGUCAUUGCCGAUGUCCUAGCGCGCUAUAAACAAUUAAGAACAGACACACCAUCCUUCAUGCUCACCGGUACUGAUGAACACGGCUCCAAAGUCCAGCGCGCUGCCGAAAAUAAUGGGCAGUACCCUCAAGAACUCUGCGAAGCCGUCUCGGAUCGAUUUCGACAAUUGGCUCGAGCCGCAAACGUCAAAUACGACGACUUUAUCCGGACAACUGAGCCUCGCCACCAUCGAGCGGCACAACACCUUUGGAACAUCUUGUCAGAAAAUGGUCAUAUUUAUAAAGGUAAAUACGAAGGUUGGUACUCCGUGUCAGAUGAAACAUAUUACUCUUCUACUCAAGUCGAAAAAAAACUGGAUCCGGUAACUGGAGUUGAAAGAAUGACUUCCAUCGAAACCAAUAAGCCGGUGGAAUGGAUCGAAGAAGAAAAUUACAUGUUCAGAUUGAGCGGAUUUCAGCAAGCACUAAUCGAUUGGUUGGACAAUAACCCAAAUGCCCUUAUAUCCUCUCAACGCUCUGAUAUCAUGCACCAACUGAAGUCCCACGAUCUUGCCGACUUGUCUAUCUCCAGACCCACUUCUAGACUAUCUUGGGGAAUCCCUGUUCCUGGAGAUCCCCAACAAAUAAUGUAUGUUUGGCUGGACGCGUUGUCAAAUUAUCUAACAGCUACUGGAUACCCUUGGUCCGGAAAGGAAAAUGUUAUGUGGCCGGCCAACGUCCACGUUAUAGGCAAGGAUAUUAUCAAAUUUCAUGCGAUUUACUGGCCAGCCAUUUUGAUGGCUGCUGGGAUUCCCUUGCCAAAACACAUCAUCGCCCAUGGCCAUUGGAAAAUUGACCAAGAGAAGAUGUCUAAGUCUGUUGGAAACGUGGUUGAUCCGUUUAAAGCUAUGGACGAGUGGGGUGUUGAUGGCGUUCGGUAUUAUCUCAUGCGGGCGCCUGGCUCAUUAUGGGGUGACUCAGAUUGGGCUCCCAAUCGAUUAGAUGAGCAUUAUCGGAAGGAUCUUUUAGGGCAAUUGGGGAAUCUUCUCGCGCGGAUCUCGGCACCGAAAUUGUGGAAUAGACUUCCUCCCGGAAGACGGUCGGGCGCCAGUAUUCUCUUCCCACCUGGAUCCGCAACGCAGCUUGAAGGAGCUGAUUCACUUCAAAGACUUCUUCGUCAACUACCCAGUGAAUUGGACGCUCAUAUGCAAUCGUUUGAAAUCCCAAAAGCAUUGAAAUCAAUUUUCGAUGUUCUAGCAGGCGCAAAUCGAUUGAUACAAGACACAGCGCCAUGGCACGAUUCGACGACGCCAGACGAUGCAUACCAAGCCAUCCAUCUAUCUGCCGAAUCGCUGCGGAUCUCCGGCAUUCUUCUCCAGCCGUUCAUUCCCACCAAGGCCGGGCAACUGUUGGACUCGUUGGGCGUCGCUCAAGAUCGCCGGGGGUGGCCUCACUUGGCCCUCGGACUUGGUACUGGUUCCGUCGUCCGUGAGGGCGGCGGCGGUUUGCUAUUUCCUCAGCUCCGGCCAUCUAAGUAG